AUGGCCAAGCAAUUUGAGUUUAGCUGGAGAAUUCCAGUGCCAGAGGUGCUGCAGACAGGAUGUGUCUUUGACAUUUGGGAUGAGGAGUAUUCAGUUUAUGAAUCAAACUGUAUGGUAAAAGUAGACGAGUAUGGUUUCUUUAUAUGCUGGAAGAGUGAAGGCAGGGAAGGCCAGGUUUUGGAGUGUUCCCAAGUCAAUGACAUCAGGCUAGGCCUGGCACCUAAAGUCAGUGAUACAAAGGUGCUGGCAGACAUCCUGGAGAAGAGUUCACACAGUCUGGAAUCACGAACGGUGACAGUCUGUAGCGGACUGGAUCUGGUCAAUAUCACCUACACACUUCUGAUAGCCAGGGACCCAGAAAUCGCUAAGGUCUGGUUUGAAGGUCUCCGGAAAAUUACUUUGAACACAAAAGCUAACAAUGUAUGCCCUAUGACUCAGCUGAAAAAACACUGGAUUAAGCUGUGUUGUAUGGUCAAUCCAAGCGGAAAGAUACCAGUUAGAGG